GAUGUACGAACGCUUCAGAGUAAGGUUGUGGAUGCUAGAUGGAUUUCUAGGUUCUGGUUGGAGAAUCAAUUCUGGGAAAGAUCUCCUAGUGUGAAAAGCCGUCGAUUUUCAAGGUUGAACAUUAUGAAGCUACAAAGAUUCUCUGAAAGCACUGCAAGAUGAUUGUAAAAGGUCUAGAACAUCCAGGUGACUGCUCGUCGUAAACUCAGCAUCAAGUGUAUUCUUUUACAUCUCGGGCGAAAGCAGAAAUUUGUGAAAUCAAAACAGUCCUUCAAGCUUCCAUGUUUUUUGAUCCAGUACAGCCUAAGGGCAUGCAGUUGCUAGAGAGGAGUUAUUACUUUGUGAGUGACUAGAGUGAUUUCCCAAAUUUCCUGUUAUCUUCAGGUCAAUACUAGAACUUGAAUUGCUUGUAUAGUUUCAUCCAAAGAGCUCACCACUACCAUAUAACAUGCAUCAUGAAGUACCUGACAGUAGAUGACGUUUUUAAUGUGGUUGGACAGUUUGGUUGGAGUCAGAAAAUAUAUUAUUUUGGCCUGAGUCUGCUCCAGAUCUUCACAGCAUUUCAUAUGCUCCUAAAUGUUUAUACUGGGUUAGAUCCAACUUUCAAGUGUUACAAAGAUGGAGACACUAAAGCUGAUCCCUUGGUCAACCAGUGCUUCAACAAUAGAGUGCAAGAUUGUCGUUUAUCGUACACCUCCAAAUUUAGGUCUUUUCCAACAGAGUGGAACUUUAUCUGUGAUCAGAAAUACAAAGUUGCAUUUGCCCAGUCAAUAUGGAUGGGAGGUGUUAUGACAGGAGCCUUAGUCCUUGGAGGGACUGCCGACAAAUUUGGAAGGCUGAAAACUCUCAUGGUGUCACUUCUUGGCACGAUAGCCUUUGAAGGUUUCAGCUCCUAUGCCCCGACCUUUGCUAUCAUGAUUGGCCUUCGUUUUGUUGGUGGAAUAUGCUGUGCCUUAGUUAUUUUAGCUAGCUUUGUUUUGUCCCAAGAAUUAGUUGGUACAAAUUAUCGCAGCUCUUGUGGCAUUAUGCUGGCAGUAUUUUUUGCCAUUGGAAUUGCAAUAUUUUCUGGAAUGGCAGCAAUAAUCCCAGACUGGAGAACAUUGAGUUUCAUAUGCGCAGUUUCUGGCAUACUUUUCCUUCCUCUCUCUUGCAUCGUUCCUGAAAGCCCUCGUUGGUUGGCAAUCAAAGGCCAGCAAGCAGAAGCAAAGAAAGUCCUAGAACUAAUGGCAAAGAAAAAUGGAAAACUGGAUGAACUUCCCAGCCACUGGGAAGUAACUACAAGUAGCAAUGGUGAGGAAUCAAAAGUCAAAAAGUCCCAAGGAAUUAGGGAAUUGGUAUAUCAUCCUUACGUCCUGAUGCUAACUCUUAUCCAGGUUUAUUCAUGGUUUGUUAACAGUGCAGUUUACUAUGGCUUAACUAUGGCUGCCAGCAACUUGGGAGGAAAUGUCUACUUGUCAACCACAUUAAGUGGACUUAUUGAAAUCCCCUCUUGCCUGAUUGCUGUUGCUAUUAUUGAUCGGUUAGGCCGUCGUCUCACACUCUGUGGGUUCAUGUUAGUUGGUGGUGUUGCAUGUUUAGUCAUACAGUUUAUUCCUCCGUCCUUUGUUGUCUAUACAACAACCUUGGCACUCUGUGGUAAACUGAGUAUUGCCUCAAGUUUUGCCAUUUGCUAUGUUCAUAGUGCUGAAAUUUUCCCGACGGAAAUACGUAACUCCGGUAUGGGAAUUGUGUCUGUCGCUGCCAGGUUUGGUGGAAUUGUGUCGCCGUUUAUAUUAAUGCUUGGUGACGUAGUCCCUAAUCUACAGUUUACAGCCCUUGGGGCCAUGACCUUCAUUGCUGGGUUACUGAACCUUAAGUUGCCAGAAACAAUGGGGCAACCCAUGCCUGAAUCUGUUGCUGAUAUCCUUGCACUUCGAACCACAUCAAAAGGAGGUGUGGAUGAUGAUUAUAAGUACAAGAAACUUCAGAUGGAUGAAGAAGAAGUUGAUGUAUCUGUAUUUCCUAGAUCACGAAGCCCAGGAGGUGCUCACAAAUCGAAGUCUGAAGAUCAAGUUCUUCUGAUUGAAGACUAAUACAUGUUUUGCAGGGUCAAUGCUGUCUCUCAGAGGCAAUUACUGUCAUCAUUUAUAUGAUAAAAAAAAAAAAAAAAAAAAGUGUACUUCAGAACAAAACAGUAAAUCAAAAGAUAUGCUCAUAUUUUUAUAGUAGUUGCAAGUAUGAGAAGUUUUUAUAUAGGAAAUAAAUGCUUUUUAAAUCAUAGGUAUUUUUCUGUUAAUAUAUAUUUAUUGUGAAGAAAUUUUAAUAUGCAACUUCAGUAAUUUACUCAACCAUGCAUGCAUCUUAUGCCAGAUGAUGCAUUAGUUUUAUUUUAGCUGCAACUCUCUACUGCAUGUAUUUAAAGAACACAUUUAAUGCAAAUUUAUGUACACUUGUUUCAUUUAAAAAUAUAAAAAAGUUGGUUGUUGGAGAAUGAUGGGUUUAUUUUGUAAACUGAAGGUUGUUUUUCUAUAAAUUUGUAAUUUUUAAGUGCACUUUUUACACAUAAUUACAGACUUAUUGUAUAUUUUUUCUUUCAACACACCUGUUUACUGCAUUGUAUGAUGCUCACCAGAUCUAGACAUGUUCCUAAAUCUGGAAGGCACCUGGUUGUGCUAGUGGAAGUUGAGUCUAUAUAUUUUUUUAUUAGGGUUGUAUCUCAUUGUGACUCGUUGAUAGGGUAUUUUUUUUCUUGUGCACAAAAAAUAAAAGUUUCAUCAUUUGAAGGACUUUCUAAGUCAUAUUCAUAUUCAUUAUUUAUACAGACUUUCUCGGUAGGCAGAUGAUGAAAAUAUUAAGCAAAGUGGUAAAAACUGUGAAAUUCUAAGUUGUUAAACUGUAGACUGAAGAAUUUUUCCAGAUGUCAGUUAGGUCAAAGGUUUUAAGUUGUCCACUAUGUUGUUCAUUGUUCACCAGUUCUGCGUAUUGACUAGCACUUAUGGUAAUACACUGCAUACCUUUAGUAAAUACCAAAUAUCUUUUUAUGUACUGAAGUUCAGGGGUUCAGUGUACAGCUGAGCAACUGUUGUGAUAGGAUUUUUAGGAAUUAAAUUUCCUAUUUCUUCCACCAAGAAAUAGCUAUAUGAGUUAAGAAUGGUUAUAAUUUGCAGUAAUUGUAAUAUUGUAGUUUAUUGAGGCCACAAGUCUUAUUUCAAUACUUGUACUCUUCAGAAGAAUUUGUUUUGAAAUGAGAACUGAAAUUGGAAUGAUGCAUUGUUGAGGUAGCUUGACAGCUAGGUCUAGGUAGGAAGAAACCGAAAGGAAAGGAAGUAAUUAAUAGAUAGGAAAGAAAAUGUGUUGGGUCGCAGGAUCCCUGUUAGGAAUUUUACGAGUUGAUUUGCUUACAAAAACGCCUAUUUCUCCUUGCUGGAGGAUCUUCUGUUAAAAGUCUUCCCAAAAUCUUAUACAGUGUGUAGGGCAAUUUAGAUAGCUAUGGCUAAGUAAACCUCAUGAAUUUUGCUACAUCACACACCAUAAUCUGGUAGCGUAUAGUUCAUUCUUUUAUUUUGCUGACCUCACCUAGAUUAUUCUUCAGCUCCUCAUUCUUUGUCUCCCUUUCGCUUCACAAGACUAGCCAAUACAAGUUACUCCUGCAUUCUGUUGACAAAUUGAUUAAGGUACUGUAUUUCCUCUAGGUCUGAUAGACCUAACUGCCAACCUUUCCUGCCACCUCCUCAUUUCAGAUACUGAUAAGAUCACUAGAACCUCUUCCCUGGAGGAGAAGCCAUUAAACGCCAAACGUCAUGUACAGGCUCUGGGAAGUUCAACUUGCUCAAACUUAUUUUUCAUGUUAACAAAAUCAAAUGAAGUUUGCGGGGCAAUGCCUCCUGUACAACAUAAAUAUAUUAGCAAGUUUUAUCUGGACCAUGUGGUAUCCUCUGGUGAGCUGGUCCUUUUUCCAACUGGGUAGCCUCUGGUGGGAUGUCAGUCCAUAAGCCUCCAAAUGGGUAUCUGUGCCUUAACCGCUGCCUUAUCCUACUCAGCCAGAUAAGUGACCAAUUGUAGUUUUGGCAAGUCUUAAUAGCUUCCAGAUUGGACCUAUUAAGUUAGCUGGAACUAACAAAUAAACUGAACAAUUCUACAUCCUUGAAUAGAUAGAUAACAGGACUGAUUUAAGAACAUUUCCUUUCCAUCCAAAUUGGCGAGAUCUUCCCAACUUCAACUGCCUAUCUGCUUGAGUAGGUAUUUGGUUAGUCAUUCAAAGGUUUGCUAUGAUGUGUCCUUACAGUUUCUAAUUACAUCUAGUCACAAAUGGAGUUGAAAAUUGUAUUAGGGUAAAGUUUCAAAGUACCUUUAAUAUUAUCUAGCAGUGUGAUGCAAGGCAUAAUGCAAGCAGUAGCCUCUCCUCCCACCAGGAAGUUUUAUAUGAAUAGUGUGAAAGGUGAACCUUAAUUUGUUUUAUGAAUGUUGGCUUAGGAUGUAUAUGUUGCCUCUUUGAAAUCAUAAAUGUAAAGGCUUGUUAAAUUAAUAGUAUGCACAGAACUACUUUACAGAAAUUAGUUUCUAAAAUUUGCUUGUCAAAUGAUGACUUGUACUCUUCCAUCUUUAAAUCUCCUUCCUGUAAAGAACCAUAGAAAUGUAAGACUUAUUAUUACCCAAGUCCUAUCAUAUAUUUUUUAAUGGUAACAAACAUUUCAAAAUUGGCAGCUGUGAUAUACCUGUAUUUAGAUUAAGAAAUCAUUAUUAUUCUUAUUGUUUCUUGUAUUCCACAGUUCUGUAAUGUGUCUAUAAGUAUUAUAAUAAAUUUUGUUUUGUUAACGUAAUAGUAAAAAACAGAUGACGGGGGAAAAUUGACAUUAAUAUUUUCAAAUACAUUUACUAUGUUUACUGUGAUAGAG